GAAAUGACUUUAUUUUAAGAAUUAGAAGUGAAAGGAUUGUGUGCAUUUUAAAGUUGAUUAGUUAGCAACGCCGAUUCACAUGAGAAAGUAAGCUCAGUGUUUUAUAACCUAUUGAUUUUUUUCAUUUUUCAGAAGAAAAAUCUAAAAUGAAGUUAUGAGCAGCCAUUAUACACAUACAUAUUUGCAUAAGACAACAGGAUUAAAGCAGUUCAGGGGAAAGAGUGUGUAUGGUGUUAGCCAUGUCUUCAAUGGCUUGUGUGAUGUGCACAUCACAACGUCCAAAUAAUCCCAGUUUAAGGUAGUGUACAGUAAUCUAUACAGCAAUACAGAGAUUUCUGUGAUGACCACAUGCUAUUAGAGGAGAGCAUAGUGUCACUUUUACUCCUUCUUUUACAAAAGUGACCAACAUGUACUAUUUGCCUGCAGACAGCUUUCCCCUGAUUUCACUAUAGACCAUUCUGAUUCUAAAUAUUGUGUUAAGAAGUAAAUGUACAUCCUUAUAAUUUCAAGAUGUUUUUUGCUUACUUCUCAAAAUAAUGACUUAGUUUCUGAAAAAUAAUAGGAUAGCAAUUUACUUCAUAAUGAGAAAGAAAAAUAACGUAGUAAAAUAGCUUAGAAAAAUAACUUAGUAUAUCAAAGUAAAGACUUAGUAUCUUACAAUAAAUUGAUAGCAUCUCAAAAUAAGGAAUUCAAAUUUCAAAAUAACGACUUAGUAUCUCAAAAUAAUGAGAUAGUAUCUCAAAGUAAUGAUUUAGUAAGGUAAUAAUGAGAAAACAAUAUUUGCUGGAUUUCUUAUUUUGUUUUGAUAUGUUACAUUUUUGUGCACAUAUUACUCAAAAGGAACAUCAGACCACUAAUAAUAGAAUACAGACCACAUUGAUAAUAGAAUACACAUCUGCAAAUAUCACUUUUGACCACUUUGUUACUGUGUAGUCAGCAGAUUUCAACAGUUUAGGACAUAUAGUUAUUAAAUCCAUAUUUGCUAAUUUGGCUCAAUAUUGUUUAGGCCUAAUAUACACUGGUUCAGCCACUCAGGUCAAAAGAACUGAUCUUUCAGUGUUCCUCAGCUGCCCAAGCUCCAUUUAAAGUAAAUAAUAGAACUGCUAAAAUAAUUUAUCCUUUUAAGGUAUAUCUUGAAGUACAAUUCUUAUAUAUAUGUUAAAAGCCCCUGACAUGAGCACACACCCACUUAAAUUGUGGUUACACUGUUCUGUUAUGCGGAAGUUGACAAAAAAAGAAAAAAGAAAAAACCCACUAUUUCACACAACUACGCCUACAUGCAGUUAACCACACCUUGGGCUGAAGCGAGUCAGAGACGGGGGUAUAGGGUCACAUAGAUGACACUCUGAAAAAGGGAGGACACCAUCCAGCAGCGCGCCCAGUGAAAGGCAGAAAAGAAUGGCAGCGUGGGAUCUGUCAGUUAUAGUAGAGGACAUGGGCCCUGAAGCCCCACCCCUCAAAAUCAGUGUCACCUCAGAUCUCCAUAUAGGAGGAGUCAUUUUCCAAGUUGUGGAAAAGAUAAAUUUGCAGCGGGACUGGUCAGAUCAUGGUCUGUGGUGGGAGCAGAAGCAGCAGUGGCUCUUGCGGACUUCCUGGACUCUGGAGAAAUAUGGGAUUCAUGCAGAUGCUCGCCUCAUUUUCUCCCCCCAGCACAAGCCCCUGCGUCUGGGCCUUCCUAAUGGGGUCACCCUUCGGCUCCGCGCGUGCUUCUCCAGCUCAGUCUUUCGCACGGUUCAGGGAAUCUGCAGGGUCUUGAACAUCCGCCAUCCAGAGGAACUGUCUCUGUUACGGCCUGUGGAGGAAAAAAAGAAAAAGAAAGAUAAGGAUUCUGCAGAGGACGAGUAUGACCUCACAGAUGUUCCCCUGACCUCAGUAUCAGUGCCAACUCUUUACAAUGGCAUGCCUGCUCAUUUCGCUGACUCUCCGAAAACUGAGUUUGUCUAUAGGAUGCUUUCUGUCUGCCAGCCUUCACCUCCUCCUGAGACCAUUGCUAAACUCUACCGGCCGGCAAGCAAAGUGGACAAAACACACAUUCAUAGCAGGUGGCUGGAUUCAUCACGCUCACUCAUGCAGCAGGGAAUACAGGAGAACGACAAGCUGUGGCUUCGCUUCAAAUACUACACCUUUCAUGAUGUGGAACCCAAGUAUGAUGCGGUGCGUAUGACGCAGCUGUAUGAACAGGCACGCUGGGCAAUCCUGCUGGAGGACAAUGACUGCACAGAGGAGGAGAUGAUGCUGUUCGGAGCCCUGCAGUACCACAUAGGCAAGCUAUCUCAGACACAGGAAGUAGGCUCAUGCCAGGGCAUGGAGGACCUGGAUUCUGCCCUGAAGUCCUUAGAGGUCAAGAUGGUAGGAGACAAUAACAACUCUGAUUUACUGAGUAACAUGACUGCUCCAGAACUGAAUGGAUACCUGAAAAUGUUUCGACCCAAAAGACUAACUCUGAGGGACUACAAACAGUACUGGUUUAAGUUUCAGGACACAUCUAUCUUCUAUUACAAAAGUUUUGAGGACCGAUACGGAGAGCCAAUCCAGCAACUGAAUCUGAAAGGCUGUGAGGUGGCUCCUGAUGUAAAUCUAGCAGGACAGAAAUUCUGUAUCAGACUCCUGAUCCCAGUGCCGGAGGGCAUGAAUGAGGUCUAUCUGCGAUGUGAGAAUGAAAAGCAAUAUGCAGAAUGGAUGGCUGCCUGUAAACUGGCCUCUAAAGGACUGACCCUGCUGGACAGCUCCUACCAGAGUGAGGUGAAGAACAUCCAGAUGUUUCUUUCCAUGCAGCGCAGUAACUCGUCUUCCUCAACUCCACAGACUGACGACAGCAUCAACACACAGAGCCUUGUUUCGCCUCGCUACACCAAAAAAUACAAAGUCAAGCAGUUAACCCCUCGUAUCCUGGAGGCCUACCAGAACGUGGCUCAACUUUCUAUGACGGCAGCAAUUCUGAAGUUCCUCCAGAUGUGGCAGUCCCUGCCUGACUUUGGCAUUUCCUAUUUCAUGGUCAGGUUUAAGGGAAGCCGUAAAGAUGAGGUCUUGGGUAUUGCAAACAAUCGCCUAAUCCGAAUUGACCUGGGAGUGGGGGAUGUAGUGAAGACCUGGCGCUACAACCACAUGAGACAGUGGAACGUCAACUGGGACAUACGACAGGUGGCUAUUGAAUUUGAUGGCAACAUCAAUAUAGCCUUCGGUUGUGUAACUGCAGACUGUAAGGUAGUGCAUGAGUACAUUGGUGGCUACAUCUUCAUGUCAACACGCUCAAGACAGCCCAGUGACACCCUGAACGAAGAGCUUUUCCACAAACUCACUGGUGGUCAUGAAGCUCUCUGACCGGCACAGGCUGGAUGAUCCUGAGCACUUAUACUCCAGCAGCAGGACUAACAAAAUCUUUGAAAGUAUUAGUAUUAUUUGUGGCUAGAUCCUAUGUCUUUAAUUAUAUAAAAAGUUGUUUCAGCUUGAUGAUGGAAGUGGUGACAUUCCUGAAAGGCUGCAGUGGAUGUGGAUGUUUAUUCAAGACCAAGUAAUAUAAGUACUGCUGUUUUUUGUUUUCAGUUGUAUUUUGUUAUAUUACAAAAGAGAUGAGCAGAAUAAUACAGAAGUAUUUAAACUGAAAAUUACAUAACAUUUUGAUGAAA